AUGAACCAAUCAGAACACGAAGUCAAUGCACGUCGCCGUUUCUUAAUUUGUCUUAAACAGGUGAAAUGCUUCUUUGUUACCGAUGGUAUCAUUGAGGAUCGUUCUAAGCGUAUCAGUCUACUCCAAGAAAGAAACCACUUCCAGGACAUGGUAUUUCAACCGCUUCGUGGAGGCAUGGAAUUCGGGCUGCGCUUUCUAAAUCAAAUCAAAUGGGUGAAUGCUAAUUUUGAUUUCAAGUACCUUCUGAAGGUCGAUGACGAUUACUUUGUGUGUUUAAAGAGACUUCUAAAUGAGCUUCCCUUAAGACCGACAAGCAAUCUAGUCUGGGGACAUUUUCACUGCGAAGCAGGUAUUACGUGGGUGGAUGAGGCGUUCGUGAUAUUUUCAAACGAUGUGAUCCACAAAUUUGUAGAGCAAGACGAGAACAAGACGUUAUGUCACCCGUUUGCUGAUCAGCAAAUAGGCCUGUGGAUGCAAAACUUGCCCAAAAGGUAUUUCCAUGAUCCAAGACUGCAUCAUGAUCCGCCCGCUUCGUUUUUGCCAAAAUUUCAAAAUAUUUCCAAGGUGUGCGACUCGUAUCUUGGGAUUCACGGCACCUAUGUUGAGGAGAUGAGAGCAUUUGGGAAGAAUGACAACGAUGGUCCAAAAGAUGUGAUGCCUACUCCCGACUUUUCAACUUAUUGUAAGACUAUGAGAUUUGACCAUCGUGUGUUUGGACGAGACUUUCGUUUCGAUCCCAGACCUUGUAGAGAAAACCCGAGGUGGAAUAAUUCAACAAUUAUGCCGGCUAUCUACAGUCGAGAAAAUUUUAGGCCCAAAAAGUAGAUACCAGUGAGAAAAGGGGGCGGCAAUUCCAAGGGGGGUUCACAAGCUGGCGGGUAUAAAAAGAAUUAGAAAAAAUUGCAAUGUUCAUAUUUUAUAAGAAACGAUUUGGAAAUACACGAGACAAGAAAUAUAAGU